AUGAGUUCAAGGACACCUGAUAAUGGGAGAGAAUCUCCAAGGGGUUCAGAAGGAAUCUGGCAUCCUGCCCGCGAAUGGCUGGAAGAGGACGAGCUGGAUACCGAAUACCACACCGCGCUAGAGCCGUCCAGAGACGAUGGCGCACGGGGGGACAACAUAUCCAAUGAAGAUCAGCAAAUGAGGUUUGGGGUUGCAGAUGAUAAUUCCCACAUCAGCAUUGGAAACAUUCAGAUCGAGCUCACAGCGGACGACUCGGACGAGGGCGAGGACACAGACGACCUGAAUGAGGGGCGCACGCGCGUACCAGCUUCCCGAUUAUUUGAGUUGCUUGCAUCCAGUGGUUUACAGCAUAUCCUUCAAGCCAACGGCUGGCUGACCGCCAUGGAAGAAGAACAAGAGCAGCUGGAGCAUGAAGAGGAUGAGUUAAGCGACCAGGAUUUCAUGCCCGGUUUCCGAAAUCACCUCCGCGCCAGACGAUCUGCAGAAAGGAUCACACUUCCACCGGUUCCUAACCCGGAGGGCAAGAAGUUGAUGAGCGAAGGCCACUUCGGAACUGACCAAUUCUUCGGCGACCGCCUCAGACAGCGCAAGAAAUUCUUAGCGACCAGCCUGAUGUGGCGAGAACUAGGCAUUGAUACUGAUGGAGUGCGGAAAAGAGCAGGCCAAUCUAUCUCACAGGGCCUCAUUCCAAGCUCAACUGCGGACAGGAUCAUUCACUAUGACACGCGAAGUUAUUCAGGCCAGUUCUCGGACGAUGGGAAUUUCUUUUUCUGUUGCGCACAAGACUUCAAGGUUCGGAUGUACGAUACAUCCAAUCCGUACGACUGGAAAUACUACAAAACCGUCGAUUAUCCGUUCGGUCAAUGGACUAUCACCGAUGCGACGCUAAGCCCCGACAACCGCUUCCUUGUCUACAGUUCAAUACGAAGUCAAGCAUAUAUGGCCACCACAGACCCAGAGGACAAUUCAGAUCCUACCGUUUUAGAUAUGUCUACUCCGCCGGGCCAAAGUAGAAGACGAGGCUGGGGUGGCUCACACUUCGGGAUCUGGUCUCUCCGUUUCUCUGGAGAUGGACGCGAGGUUGUCGCUGGAACAUCAGAAGAUUCGGUCAUCGUUUACGAUCUGGAAACACGACAACCAGUUCUAAACCUACGAGAUCGGCACCAACACCAUGUUAAUGCUGUGUGUUACGGUGACACAUCAUCGCCGCACAUUCUGUACUCUGGAUCAGAUGACACGACAAUUAGGGUUUGGGACCGACGGUCAAUGGGCGAUGGCCGUGAAGCCGGUGCCUUCAUGGGCCACACCGAGGGAGUGACGUACGUUGACAGCAAAGGUGAUGGCCGAUACGUCUUAUCCAACAGCAAAGACCAAACGAUGAAGCUGUGGGAUCUGCGCAAGAUGAUGACAUCCGCUGAUAUGGAAAACAUCGACCCUGUCGACUAUACAACCGGCUUCGAUUACCGCUUUGAGCAAUACCCAGACCAAUACCGCAGAAAUGCCAAGAACGACUGCUCUGUUGUUACAUAUCGGGGCCACCGAGUCCUCAAAACCUUGAUUCGCUGCCACUUCUCGCCACCAGGAAGCACAAACUCACGUUAUGUUUACAGUGGCAGUGAGGAUGGUAAGGUUUAUGUGUACAACUUGGAUGCUACCCUAGCCGGCACUAUCGAUGUUGGCCAAGCAACACUUAAUUCGCGACCGCGUGAUCCAGAUGCAUAUGCUACAGCGUAUGAGAUGAGCGGGGAGAUGCUAUGGAGGACUUGCGUUCGGGAUGCAAGCUGGCAUCCGAGUGCGCCAGUACUAGCAGCAACUUCUUGGAAUGGCUGGGGCUUGUCUACUGGUACUUGUACUGUGCAUUCAUGGAAUGCUGGUGCCACUAAAGACGAGGGGGAUCCGCCGGUUGGCAAGAGUUAUGAUGACAGACUACGAUACAUCCCGGAAUUCGACGAAUACCGCGAGAAUGCACCACACGGUCGACCCCGGCGUCCAUUGCGCAGUCGACCUGUUCGUCGAUGGGUUGGUGAUCAAGAAUCAGAGGAUGCAAUAUGGUAA